AUGCCCGAGCUUCCCGAGGUCGAGGCAGCUCGGCGCGCAGCGGAGGCGCAUCUGGUGGGGCGGCGGAUUCUGUCGGUAGUGGUGGCGGAGGACGCGAAGGUCCUGGACGGGUGCAGCGCGGAGGAGGUGCGCGCGGCGCUGCAGGGUCGCGUGGUGGUGGGCGCGGGGCGCAAGGGCAAGCACCUCUGGCUGCUGCUAGAUCAACCGCCUAUGCCGCUAUUCCACUUCGGCAUGGCGGGCGCGUUCGCCAUCAAGGGGGAGAACGUCGUGCGCUACAAAAGGCUGGCAGUGUCGCCAGCAGACGAGUGGCCGCCGCGGUUCCACAAGCUCGUGCUGCAGGCGGAGGGCGGGGUGCAGCUGGCCUUCACCGAUGCGCGUCGCUUUGGCCGCAUCCGCCUCGCGCCUGAUCCGUUGCUGUGCCCCCCUGUGGCGCAACUAGGUCCCGACGUGCUGCUCUCUUUGCCCGAUCCCGUCUCCUUCGCCUCUCUCCUGCGCCGCCGCUCACGGGCAGUCAAAGCUUUGCUCAUGGACCAGGCAGUGCUGAGCGGCAUAGGCAACUGGUUGGCGGAUGAAGUGCUGUACCAGUCACGAUUGCACCCAGAGACCCCCUCCGCACUGCUCUCAGAUGUGCACUGCACCGCUCUGCACUCCUCCAUUCAGCAGGUGAUCAGCAAGUCCGUGGCAGUAGACGCGGACAGUGACCGCUUCCCACCCUCCUGGCUCUUCCAUGUGCGCUGGUCCAAGAAGCCCGGCUCCAUCGAUGCAUCUCUCUGUUGUGCUCUCGCCCCAACUCCCACAACUCUUUCUGCAUCAACCCAUCCACUCAGCUUCAUCGCCGUGGCUGGCCGGGCCAUCUGCUCAGAUUCAUCACCGUCGCUGGCCGGAUAUGCUCCCUUUCGGUCCACCCUUCGACUUCUCAUUCACCCUCUUCCAUAG